AGGGUGGCUCUGAGGAGACCUCGGCGGCGGCGGAGGAGGAGAGAAGCGCAUCGCCGCGCCGCGCCGGGGCCCAUGUGGGGAGGAGUCGGAGUCGCUGUUGCCGCCGCCGCCGCCGCCUGUAACUGCUGGAUCCGAGUGGGAGUGAGGGGGAGACGGCAGGAUGAAGUUCGCCGAGCACCUCUCCGCGCACAUCACUCCCGAGUGGAGGAAGCAAUACAUCCAGUAUGAGGCUUUUAAGGAUAUGCUGUACUCAGCUCAGGACCAGGCACCUUCUGUGGAAGUUACAGAUGAGGACACAGUAAAGAGGUAUUUUGCCAAGUUUGAAGAAAAAUUUUUCCAAACCUGUGAAAAAGAACUUGCCAAAAUCAACACAUUUUAUUCAGAAAAGCUCGCAGAGGCUCAGCGCAGGUUUGCUACACUUCAGAAUGAACUUCAGUCAUCACUGGAUGCGCAGAAAGAAAGCACUGGUGUUACUACACUGCGACAACGCAGAAAGCCAGUCUUCCACCUGUCCCAUGAGGAACGUGUCCAACACAGGAAUCUUAAAGACCUUAAACUGGCCUUCAGCGAGUUCUACCUCAGUCUUAUCCUGCUGCAGAACUAUCAGAAUCUGAAUUUUACAGGGUUCCGAAAAAUCCUUAAAAAGCAUGACAAGAUCCUGGAAACAUCUCGUGGAGCAGAUUGGCGAGUGGCUCAUGUAGAAGUAGCCCCAUUUUAUACAUGCAAGAAAAUCAACCAGCUCAUCUCUGAAACUGAGGCUGUAGUGACCAAUGAACUUGAAGAUGGUGACAGACAAAAAGCUAUGAAACGUUUACGUGUUCCCCCUUUGGGAGCUGCUCAGCCUGCACCAGCAUGGACUACUUUUAGAGUUGGCCUAUUUUGUGGAAUAUUCAUUGUACUGAAUAUUACCCUUGUGCUUGCCGCUGUAUUUAAACUUGAAACAGAUAGAAGUAUUUGGCCCUUGAUAAGAAUCUAUCGCGGUGGCUUUCUUCUGAUUGAAUUCCUUUUUCUACUGGGCAUCAACACGUAUGGUUGGAGACAGGCUGGAGUAAAUCAUGUGCUCAUCUUUGAACUUAAUCCGAGAAGCAAUUUGUCUCAUCAGCAUCUCUUUGAGAUUGCUGGAUUCCUCGGGAUAUUGUGGUGCCUGAGCCUUCUGGCAUGCUUCUUUGCUCCAGUUAGUGUCAUCCCCACAUAUGUGUACCCACUUGUCCUUUAUGGGUUUAUGGUUUUCUUUCUCAUCAACCCCACCAAAACUUUCUAUUAUAAAUCCCGGUUUUGGCUGCUUAAACUGCUGUUUCGAGUAUUUACAGCCCCCUUCCAUAAGGUAGGCUUUGCUGAUUUCUGGCUGGCCGAUCAGCUGAACAGCCUGUCAGUGAUACUGAUGGACCUGGAAUAUAUGAUCUGCUUCUACAGUUUUGAGCUCAAAUGGGAUGAAAGUGGGGGCCUGUUGCCAAAUGAUUCAGAAGAACCAGAAAUUUGCCACAAAUACUCAUAUGGUGUGCGGGCUAUUGUUCAGUGCAUUCCUGCUUGGCUUCGCUUUAUCCAGUGCCUGCGCCGAUACCGAGACACAAAAAGGGCCUUUCCUCAUUUAGUUAAUGCUGGGAAAUACUCCACGACUUUCUUCAUGGUGACGUUUGCAGCCCUUUACAGCACUCACAAAGAACGAGGUCACUCAGACACCAUAGUGUUCUUUUACCUGUGGAUCGUCUUUUGUAUCAUCAGUUCCUGUUACACCCUCAUCUGGGAUCUGAAGAUGGACUGGGGUCUUUUUGAUAAGAAUGCAGGAGAAAACACUUUCCUCCGGGAAGAGAUUGUAUACCCCCAAAAAGCCUAUUAUUACUGUGCCAUCAUAGAGGAUGUGAUCCUGCGCUUUGCUUGGACUAUCCAAAUCUCAGUUACCUCCAUGACUUUGUUGCCUCAUUCUGGGGACAUCAUUGCUACUGUCUUGGCUCCCCUUGAGGUUUUCCGGCGAUUUGUGUGGAACUUCUUCCGCCUGGAGAAUGAACAUCUGAAUAACUGUGGUGAAUUCCGUGCUGUGAGGGACAUCUCUGUGGCCCCUCUAAAUGCAGAUGAUCAGACGCUUCUAGAGCAGAUGAUGGACCAGGAAGACGGGGUACGAAACCGCCAGAAGAAUCGGCCAUGGAAGUACAGCCAGAGCGUAUCCCUGCGCCGGCCUCACCUCUCUUCUCAAUCCAAGGCUCGUGACACUAAGGUAUUGAUAGAAGACACAGAUGAUGAAGCUAACACUUGAAUCCUCUGAAGUCUAAAUUAACAUCCUUGGUUUUCCUACUCUACAGUUCUUUCCUCGACCAACGCAACCUCUAGUACCUUUCCAGCCGAAAACAGGAGAAGACAUGUAACACAUUUUCCGAGCUCUUCCAGAUCGGAUCCUAUGGACUCCAAACAAGCUCACUGUGUUUCUUUUCUUUUCUUCUGGUUUAAUUUUCAUUUUCUACUUUUAAAACAAAUAUUUACUUCAUUUUGCCAAUCAGAGGACAUUUUAAGGAACAAAAACAUAGUAUCUUAUGGAUUGUUUACAAUCACAAGGACACAGAUACCUGUCAGGAUGAAGAACAAGCAUUGCAAGGACCCUCUGAUGGGACGGUACCGAGAUAUCUCGGCUUCCGCUUGGCCCGGUUUUGACUGGUUGAAACCGGACAUUGGUUUUUAAAUUUUUUGUCUUUAUGUGGAGAAUUUUUUCCUUUCCUUCAUACCCAGCGCAAAAGCACUGGCUGCACUUGCAGGGAAAGUGCAACUUAGAGCAGUACCUUCAUUCACGAAGCUACUUUUUAAUUUGAUGUAACUUUUCUUAUUUUGGGGAGGGUUGCUGGGUGGGUGGGAAAUAUGAUGUAUUUGUUACAUAUGGUUUUCUCAUUAUUUAUGAAACUUAACCAUAAAAGAAUGAUAUAACUCCUGUACAGUGAAGGUGAUAACAGUGAAAGAAGACAGGGGAAACUAAUGUUGGAUAGCAUUUAUGAGGGUUUAGUCCACAAUACGUCUUUCAUGAGACAACUUGCACCAGUUUGACUUUUUCUUUCCUUUCUUUUUAAUUUUAAGCCAAAGUGUUAUUACUGAUUUUUUAAGUUGCUGCUUCUUUAGAAUCCUGAGCAUGUCUCAUAACAAAGCAUCCACACACUUCCACACAACCAGUUGAAAUUUCUUUAAGAGCUCUGAUACUUUUUUCUUUAAAGGAACAGAUGUGGAAUACAUUUGCCCAUAUUCCAACCAUAACAACUGAAGUUAUACCUUAUUAAGCUUCAGCAUGUAGGGUAAUUGAAGUACAGCCUUUACUAACUCAGAAUUAGAAGACAGAGCUAUUUCAGAGACUAUCUACACCCUCAUUGGAUAGUUUUUCUUCUGGGCCCUCUUACUUUAGCCAGAAUUUGAUCAAAUUAAAAGUCUGUCUUGGGGAAACCAUGCUUUUGAGAGCAUAGAGCAAAUUAUCCUUCCUCGUUUACGUUACAGUGAUAAAACAGACCUUGGCAGCCAUUUCUCCCAGCAGUUUUAAAGGAUGAACUGGAUUUCAUGCCCCUCCUAUGAUAGAAAAACUGCUUUUAAAAUUUGGGGGGCUUAAACUUUGUUACACACAAAAAGUAUUUCUUAGAAGUUUCAGACUAUCAUGGUCUGUACAUAAUGCUCAUUUUCACUUCUUUGUCUAAUUUCUUUCCUAUUUCCUAAGUCAUCCAGAUAAGCCCCAAAGCCAUAAGGGAUUUUACUUUCUUGAAUGUGGUUGGCAUUACAUUUAGUAUUAUCACUUACUUACUUUAAAAACAU